CCCAGACCACACUGACUAAGCUCCUGUAUUUAUAUAAAUAGGGUGGUAUUUAUAUAGCACUAUGCUAGCUCUAACUAUUAUACGUACAUUAGUUUAUUCGCCCUGCUGUAAAAUGUGUAGAUAGCAUACAUAGGCUAGUAUUUACUUGCGUGCCGCAUUAGAUGGUAGCUGAAAUAUUAGAGCUCGAACAAACGUUCUAUUCGAAAGAAAUAUUUUUUUACGAAUAAACUACUUUUAAUUUUAUUUAAAACAACUUAAAAGCUGGUAUAGUAUAGAAAUAGCGAAAGUUAAUUGGAUUAUUAAUGAGCUUUUUAUUAAUAAUGUAGAUAAUCAUUAUAUCGGUUAUUUGUAUAAAUGUAAUAUAAACACGCACAUGUAUGUAUAUGUGUAUAAAAAGUGCAAAUAUCUAAUAAUCCGUCGUUAUAUAAGUGAGCCACCAGUGCUGUUUACUCACGAUUUGUGCAAUCGAAUAUGCAAAUCAAGGGAUUACUUUUUAAAAAUGUUUAUACUUGAAAACAAAAAACAAAAUGCUAACUAAUUUCAAUUUUUACGACAGGCGUAUCCGAAAAUAAUAGAUCCGAUGACCGUGUGGAAAAGAAGAGUUUUUGUCCUGCUUUGAAAGUCGUAUCAAAAAUGUUGGGCCUUAAUGAAAAUUUAGCUGGUGUUACAUUACUAGCGUUUGGCAAUGGAUCACCCGAUCUGAUUGGCACAUUCUCAAAUUUAGACGGGGCUGGUCCUAUGUUCCCAGAUUUGUUUGGAGCUGGUGUAUAUGUGGUACUUCUAGUUGCAGGCCUGAUUUUCGUGUUUUAUCCCUUUGAAAUACAAUGGCAUAAUGUUUUAAGAGAUGCGUGUUUUUUAAGUUUCGGAAUCAUAUACGUUGAUUACUGUUGCGUAUCGGAUGGAGUUGUCACACGCACUGAGUCUGUAUUGAUAAUGUCGGUGUAUAUAUUGUAUCUUAUGGUAAUAUUUAUCGAACUGUUUUUACUCAAACAAACUGUUAAAUUGUUGCAAUCAAAACUUAAGGACAGAAAGUACGCCACAGCGGCAAAUCUUGCGAAAUUGGAACAAUUACGAGCGGAGGCCGGCAUAGAAAUUAUUGAUCGUACCUCACGAUUAUCAAUAGAUGUAAAUAGAACACGAACAAUGUCUUUUGAUGCAAUUUUGAAUAAACCCAAUAAGGAUCUUAUGAAACAAUUUUUUGAGUCUCUUAACCCCAUACAAAAAGAAGAAUGGUUAGAGAGUGGGAUUGCAGGAAAGGUUUAUAUUGUCAUUACGGCACCGGUUCUUUUUGUUUUACAAGUAUUUAUACCAGUCGUUGACUAUGAGAAGGAACGUCAUGGAUGGUCAAAACUGUUGAACUCAAUCCAAAUUCCUUGGGUACCAAUGAUGCUAAUAUAUACAUUAUUUGAUAAUUUGUUCAUAUUAGGUAUACCGCUGUAUUGCUAUACAUUAUUGAUUACAGUCCCCAUCACUAUUUAUAUGCUAUAUACAACGCGAACAGACAUUCCGCCUAAUUAUCACCACAUCACAGCGUUAUAUGGUGUUGUUUGUUCAAUUUUAAUAAUUUACUAUUCCGCAAGUGAAUCGGUUGAAAUAUUGCGAGUGAUUGGUAUUGUGACCAAUAGAAGCAACUCAUUUCUCGGAUGCACUUUACAAGCUUGGGGAAACAGUAUUGGUGAUUUGGUAUCAACUAUAGCUUUGGCACGUCACGGGUAUCCGAGAAUGGGCUAUGCUGCUUGCUUUGGUGGUCCAUUUUUCAAUUCUAUUUCCUCAUUUGGUGGAGUUUUCAUAUAUGAAACAUUUCGCUCUGAAACCCCUAUUUUUUAAUAACAACGAUAAGAAACGUUCAUUUUCUGAAUCGGAUUUAACAGAUCCAUAUAGGCUCCCCAGUCGAUUUUGCGUCAAACAUCCACAUGAGUAUAUUUCCAUAGACGAUUUAAAUAUUUUCAAAAGAAAGAAGUAUCUACCGGGCUUCCACACUAAAAGCAAUAUAUACCCACAAAAAAGUGAUGAAUCAGGGCUUCCAUUUAAAUCCUUUGAAACCGAAUACAGUUGGCAAUUCAAAAGGCGAUAUUUUAAUUUGAAGCCAAGUAUUUUAAGACAAUCUACAUCUUUACAUUUAGAAGGAUUGAUGCAAAAGAAAUCUGAACAUCAGGAGCAAUUCAAACCAUAUACACUUGAAGACUACAAAUUGUCCCGUGGCAGCGUUAUUAAAAAGGCAGAAAAUUUGUGUAUGAAUGGAAUUAUUAAUAUGGAACCAGAAUAUCGUUCAUCUUAUAUUUCUUAUCCAAUGGUUAACCGCACCUCAAAAAUUUUACCUCGAGAAGCUUUUCGUCUCUUUUCCGACCCUACGGAUGAGAACCCUCAUCCAAAAGAGAAAAAGAACAAUAUCAGUAAGAAACUUAAAGCUGAUAAAAUUACUGGUAAAUACUGUCUACAACAAAUUUGCGUUGAAACGAAAUAUAACACUGUCCCAUCUGAAUAUAAGCAACAGUUCGUGCGAUUCCCUAUUGAAAAGGCAUGCUCAAUUCCACAAAUAAGUCACCUGAAAAUACAAGGUGAAUUUGAUGGUGUGCCCGAAUAUAAAGACAGUUUUAAAAUCUACGAAACCUACUUAAAGAGCGCACCCAUUAAAAAAGUCGAUAAUUUGCGAACGCCUGGUGCUCAAGAAGUUGAUGUCGGAAAAAAUGCGAUUUUAAAAAUUCCAGAAAAUCGCGCGAAUUUAACAGAUCCAACAGAAAUUGUAUCAAAGGAAAAAUUACUUAAAAUCGAAAAUCAUAUAAAUCUAUGUGGUCAAUGUUCAAAAGAUCUACCAGAAUAUUAUGAAAGCUUCCGAGAUCCUCAGGUCAAGCAGAUGCCUGAACGUAGCAAGUGCCGUGAACCAUUUUUACGACUUAAAGGUAAAAUUGAAUUUAAUCCUGAAUAUAGAAACACUUUUUUGGAUUUCCCUCGUUCACGCCCCGUUAUUCGAAAACCAGCUUCCACAUUACGCUUGUCAAACUCAUCAAAUACAUUAAAAGGGACAACUAUGAAAAAUCACAAACAGCCAAUACGUCCAAAAUUAGAAUCAUGUUCAACAAAUGUACACCCAAACAAUGAAAACCCGCCCUCAGAUAUCAUCAUAACACCGGAAUAUCGUCGUGCCAACUAUCAGUAUCAGAUGCGUGAACGGACGCCCAUAAGGAAUCUAAACGAGGAAAAGAGUGGUGAUUUUGAAGUGGGUCGUGAAUCUAAAACCAAAUUUGCAUCGAUUAUGACAGAACGAAAAAGCUCUCUUCUUUCGACGGAUAUGACUGGUAAGCAGAAGGGACGUAUUUCGUGUAAUCGACAAAAUUCCACUGAGCGUCAACAAGGAGCAGGUUCGGAAAGCGUGGUCGCUUGUGAAACGAAAAAUGCCCCAAAAUUUGGUAGACGUGCUUCCGUACUUCGUAAUUCAGCGUAUUUCAGGCCUUCUGUUUCUGAUCAGGCAACUGGCGAUAACUCCUUUGUCGUGUUGAAUGAACCUCAUAAGCAGUCUCCCUGGACGAAAAAUUCGUGGUAUGAAUCAUAAACAUUGUUUAAUAACAACAACUUUUAUGAAAUAUAAGUGUCUUAAAAAACAUAAAGUUGAGAAAAGUUUCAAUUAAAUGAUUUAUGGAUUCACAAAAAAUCUGAAAAUAGUAUAUUAUUAUUGUACACAAACAUAAUAUAAAAAAGAAAAAGGUGUCAGUUGCUUAUGCUCUCGUUUUGGCAGUCUUGUUUCGACCAUGAUUUGUAAAAAUUAUUAUUUAUUUUUCCUCUCUGGUAAACUUAUUUUUAGGAUUUACAUAUAUGUGUAAUAAAGAUGUUUAUGUUAUUACGCUCAAUGAAA